UCAGCGAGCAUCUCAAUGUCAUCGCGGAAGGAACCUUUUGUCCUUUUACAAUAUGAUCGAGCAUAAUGGAGGGCAAUCGGUCAGAAGUGCGAAGGCAAAAGGUCAGAAGUUACGGUGACUUUGUGGAAAAAUUUAUUGUCUGUUGGCAAAAUCAAGAAAAGGAGAAAAAAAGCAACAGCAAUCAGAAUACCAUCGUUAAAAAUGAAUUUAAUAAACGUACGAGAAUCGAAUCGAUUAUGUCGAAACAACUUGCUAUUCGUGCUAUACCGAUGGAUCUGCAAACGUCAUCGAACUUUCAUGAACUACCUUCCUUCCCUACAAAUCUGACCAACGAAGUAAACUCUCCGGAAAAUGCCCGCUUUCAACAGAAGCAGCUACAAGAGAAAGAGCAGAAAUUGCUGCAGCUUUACGACCAACAACAACAGAGAGCAUAUCAGGUAGCACAAAGAGGCAGUUCAGGAUCGAAUAGCUCUGGCCAAGGGACCUCUACGGUUAACCACCAUCACCAGAUUGUUACGAGGACUUCUUCCUCCGGUCACACGACCUCGACCUCCCAGGUUACCAAGGUAAAGCAGCAGGUAUUCAACGAUCGACGACAGACGACUAGCGUGAAAGGCAUCGAUAGAAGCUACCCCCUCGAACCGCUUGACAAUAAAACGAGAAAGCAACCGACAAGCAAUGGCAUCGGCAAUUCUAGGAACAAUGGUUUGACCGUCAAUCGACAAUCCAUUACUGUUAAACGCGUAACGCGUUCCGACCUAAACAGCAAUGUUAACGACGGCAAACCUAUCGUUUCUUAUCACGAAGAAAUCGCAAGGGAAUCCUCAUCUUCGCGUGACGUACCGCAUACAAUCGAAUCACCCAAAGAGGAUGACAUCGAAGUGUUCGAUAACGAAAAUCAUCCCGCUCCUUACGUUAAUGGAAAUUAUCCUGACCAGGUACAAAUGGAAAAUAUCAUGGACGAGGACACGAUUCAAAGAAAUCGAAUGAUGGCCAAACUACACUUAAUGCAAUAUGACGAGACGUUGAAGUAUCGCGUUAAAAACGAUCUCGAAAGCGAAGAAUUUCCAGAAGAACUCUUGGUCGAAGUAACGGACAAAAUACCGAAGCGAACUGUCAGCAAGAAGUUAUCUCAAGCUGAGGCACGUUUAGAACGAUUCAAGAAUAUGAAUGCCAAACGAAAUAAUGCUAUCAAACUUUCGAAUUCAACAACUACAGGGAGCAAGAAACGAUCUGAACCAUUACUGCCAUCAUCACGAACUAACUCGAGAGUCGGCAUCAUGGGCGUUACGACGACUACAGCUAAGAAGAAUAAGAAAAAAACAGGAAGUAUAAGGGAAAAACAAUCGAAUAAGUUUAAGAUUGGAAAAGGUAGUCUAAAAUACGGUCAAGUGGCAUUCGAAAAAUCUAAGACAGAGGAAAAUAAAUCGAAGAAAAUACGAUACGAUAGAAAAACCGGCACGUCCAACGAAAACUCCAUAUUUCAAAAGAGAAAAGCCGAUGUUCCUGGCCAAGACGAAACGAUAGAUCCAACAGAUAGCCCAACAUUCUUUUCCAACGAAUCGAAAAAAUCUUCUACCAAAAUAUCUAUCGAUACCUUGGACUCUAAGCUUACAUCGAAACCUCUCUCGAAUACCAAACGACACGUCCAAACUCGAGAAAUUUCUUCUACCAAAGUCAACAAUUUUCCUAUCACCACUGCGAGCAACAACGAUGAACGUUCUUACAAAACCCAUGGAAAAAGAGAUUCGUCUACUUUUUCAUCUUAUCGUAGACCAUCCGAAAGUUCAACCACGACCAGCUUGGAAUCCAAACACACUUCUUCUCCGGAAUUAAUCAGGACUCUUAAAAAACGUGAUACGAGUCCGGAAUUUUUUUGCGUCGAAACGGAAAAAUCUGCUACAACUAUGAGCCUUAAGCCGAAACCUAAAAAUUUCAACGAAGACAAACGCGAUGGCGUCAGCUCGAGUCGAGAUUUUCAAUCGAAAGUAUCACAAAAAAUAAUCGCCAAGCAAAGUCCGUCAUAUUUAAAACUAGAACGUAAUAUUCGAAAAUCGUCGGACAGUUCGGAAACUUCUAACAAGAGUUCGAACUUGGAAUUACAGUCUCAAAAAGGUUCGAUAAAUGCUUUACGAUCUAUACAACUUAUUCGUAACGCUAUGAAAACUCAAAAUGUACGGAAAGAAAAAAAUACGAAGGAUGACGAAGAUCAUUUAAAAAUUAAUCCGAUAAAAUAUUCUAAAAUUACUCCAAAAGAGAACAAACGAAAGGAUUGUACAAAUUAUUGUAUUAAUCCUGUCAGAAAAAAUUCUUUAAAAAUAGAUGUAAGAGACGUAAUCGAUUUAAAAAACAUGACGGAUCGGGAACGUAAAUUUUCGUUAAAAAAUAUCGACACAACUUUGCAAUUAAGUCCAAAGAGUCCAAAAAGUACGAAAAGUUUUACCUCGGCCGAGGUUGACACCGAAAUUCAAGAAAUAACGAUGACCGAUCAACAUGUUCGUUACAACGAUGCUAUUUGUAGAAAUAAAGAAAAAAGAAAAAAAAAUACAAAAUCAAUCCCAGAUGGAACCUAUUCGAAAUCGAAUGCGACGAAGUUACGAACUGAUGAUAAAAAAACAAUAACAACGAAUCACUUAACUUAUCCUAUUCGAAAAGAGAAGAAAAAAACAAGGACUUCCAUAUUGGAUUCGAACAUUUUUCAUCUUAAAGAUGAAAUCGAGAAAGUUCGAAGGUUUAAGGAAAGUAAUCGAUCAUUAAGUGAAAAAUCAUGGGAAAAAGAAAAAAAGAAAAAAAGCAUGGAUUUGAAAGGUUUGACGAGUUCGAAGUUGAGCAAAAGGCAUUUGUCGGAAAAUAAGAAUGGGAAGAUAAUUGUUUCUCUUGGUAAACGACGAAACAGCGUAGAUUUGAAAAGCAUUAAAAAUGAAUCUUCGAGAUCGAAAAGUUCCUCAUCGAUUUGUACAAACGAGGACAUCGCAUCGAAGAAUCGAACAACUAAUGUAAGUUUGAGGGACAUAACUUUCGAUGAAUCAGGGAAGGAAAUUCAAAAGAGAAGUAGUUCGCCUUUCUUAUACAAACGAGUUAUUCGAACUUCCGCGGGAGAAAUGAAAAGUGAAGACGCGAAUAAAGAAUUAUUAAAAUCCACUGAACUUAUAAGACGCGUAAUAAGAGCUCAAUCUUCUAAUAAGGAAGAUAAUCAAAACACGAAAUUAACGGAAUCGAUUAAACACAAUGAAUCCUUCGAUAAAUUUUCCGAUCAAAUUUCUAUGAUCUCGUUAUCAAGUAAUGCCAAUUAUUAUGGAAGAACCGAUUCCGUAGAAUCCGCUUUGAGACGUUUCGAUUCGAUCGGUGCGGAAUCUGAAUACCAAGAAACCAUUGGAAGAGAUUGCGUUGAUGCAACUCUGACACAUGAGUUAUCAUCGUCUAAAAUUUCUUUAGAAAAAACACCAAUGAAAUUUACGAACAAAGUAAAAGAACCGGUAAAAACGAAAAAUAGAAUCUUAGAAUCUCCUAAAAUUAAAAAAUAUCAAUCAAAAUCGGAUUUGAAAAAGAAUACAAAAAAUAUAAACGUUAAAAAAAGUCCAAGUAUAACGAAAAAAAUUUUCCAAACGAAAGUAGAGACAUUGCGACAAGGUUCUAAAGGAAAAAAGUUAGCGGAAGCGAGAGACUCGAUGGAAAUUUCACGAACAUCAAAAUCACGAUCUUUAGCAGCUUGCAAACGGAAACUCUUUCAAGAUUCGGGAUUUGAUGAAACGAAAAUCAAGCAUGUAGGUUGUAUGUUAAAAAAAUCGUUUCGAACUGAAAAUAAAAUAAAUGUCAAUGGUAGAAAAUCCAUGGAAAUUGAGAAAAAACAAAAUAAACGUGAAGAGAAGAAGAAGAAAGAGGAGACGGAGGAGAAUGAGGAUGUGGAUGAGGAUCAGGAUGAUCGUACGGUUGCCGUAAAGCCAUUACGUUCUAUCGAGGACAUACGAAAAUCCAUCGUAUGUGAUAGUAGUGGAAGAACGGUAGUAGCAUUGACACAAAUAACCGAUAUCGAUUUAACGAGACAAGCCGAAACGAGGUCAGCGAUUGCAAAUGAAAUUUUAAAGGCUUCAACCAAGUCCGAAAACCAGUCGCGAAUAGUCGUCGACAGUGACCCUUUAAAUAGAAAAAGCAUUCCUUCCAAAAAUCGAUCGAAGAAUAAUUCUCACCUAAGAGAUUAUGGAAAGAUUUUAUCCGCAAAUUCUCUACGUCUUAAUAGGAUUAACAAAAGUCCCAGUCCGGAAUCACUUAAUUCGAAAAAAUCGUCGGACAUAGAUUGUCGUACGACGGUUUUAACCAGAAGAAGCGUUCCUUCAUCACCUUCCAAGAGUCCAGAUAUUUUACCUAGACGUAUUUCAACCCUUGAAUCAAAGACUCAAGAAACGAAGCCAUCGAUAAAAUCUAGCUUCGUGAAAGCUUCGGAUUCGAUCACGUCUAAAAGAUCAACGACGAGAACGGAUGUUCCUAACGUCCUCCAGAAUGGUCUACAUUUGCAGGAACAGAUCGUCGAAAGGAAAGAACAAAACGAACUACCGAAGAAAUGUCAGGCGUUUACGAUCGACUUCGAGGAACGACCGCCCACAAAGACUAACGAUAAUACGGAUUCCAAAAGGCCAUUGGCCAAGAAGCAAUCCAUGGAAAAACAACAACAUCAAACAUCAUCAUCGGCCAUUUCCGGAAGACCGACGUCCUCGGCCUCAUCCGUUUCCAACGGCAAUCCAACACAAACUCAAAUUUCUAGUUCGAAAGGAAGAAUGGCUACGAAAGCAAGGACUCCGAUCAGCAAUACGCCAACUUCUAAAGGAUCUUCUUGCGUUAAAAGUGGAGCUGGUCAAAAUGCCACAGAAAACCUUGCCCCCUGCAAAGUAUGCGGACGUCGAUUCGCUCAAGAUCGCGUGACCCUUCACGAGCAGAUAUGUGCGAAAACUGUGCAGAAAAAAAGGAAACAAUUCGACACGACCAUGUACAGAGUUAAGGGAACCGAAUUGGAAUCUUUUGUGAAGAAGGGCUCCAAGAAAAACGAAUUAAAAUCGAAGAAGCCAGAGGUGAAGUCGAAUUGGCGACGUAAGCACGAAGAGUUCAUAAAUGCAAUUCGCUCGGCGAAGCAAGUUCAGGCACAUCUGGCGGCAGGUGGACGAUUGAGUGACCUUCCCCCGCCCCCGGUCAGCGACACCAGCGACUACAUUCAAUGUCCCCACUGUGGCAGGAAGUUCAACCAAGCGGCAGCUGAGCGUCACAUUCCCAAGUGCGAACACAUGCUGCACAACAAGCCAUCUUCUCGGGCUGCACCACCACGACCUAGACGUUAAAACUCAACUAAACCAUUCUUCCCUCGCACAUUUUUAUCUUACAUUUUUUACCUCCUCCUCCUCCCCUUCCCCCAUUACGAUCGGAUCGAAACUUUUUUUCUCUCACAAUUCGAAGAUUUCAAUCGAACGAACCAACCCCCUUUGAGAAUAAAAAAAAAAAGAUUCAACUUGCAAGUCGAGUACAUCAAAUCAUUCCUAGAUAAUCCGUUCUAUGCUUGCGAUACAUUUAUGUAUACUAUUUCUACUCUCUUUUUAAUUUUUUCUAACAUAUAAUAUU